CAUCUCUUAAAGUUUCCCAUGCAGCAUCCUCACCACUUUCACGCCCUCAUGCACCUUUCCAUUCUGCUCCUGGGAUAAAUUUCCCUUUCCUUUCUUUAUCUUAACCCCAAGUUCGUUCUAACGAUACCCCCGCUUUCGACGACAACCCGACUCGCGCGCAUCCCACCUUUCGACGUGGUCUACCUCGAAUCAGCAGCGCCUCGAAAUUCCUCACCCACAAUGGCUCCCCCCGGCCGCCGGAGACUCAAUCUCUCCCCCGCGACGCUCCUCCUCGGCCUCAUCCUCCUCUUCUCCUCGACCGCCUCCGCCGCGUCCGCAGUCCUAGGGAUCGACCUAGGAACCGAGUACAUCAAAGCCGCACUCGUUAAGCCCGGAAUCCCUCUCGAGAUUGUCCUCACCAAAGACUCGAAACGAAAAGAGACCUCCGCCGUCGCUUUCAAGCCCUCGAAAAGCGGACCGCUCCCCGUGGGCUCGUUCCCCGAGCGCUUCUACGGUUCCGAUGCUGUCGCGCUUGCGGCCAGGUUUCCCGGCGAUGUAUACCCGAAUCUGAAGCAGUUGCUGGGUGUGCCCAGUGAGGGCGAUGCGGUCAAUGUGUAUACGGAGAGGUAUCCUGCGCUGCGGGUUACGGGCACGGAGGGGCGCAAGACGGUUAGCCUGAAGAGCGGUGUCUUUGCUGAGGAGGAGAAACCCUUCUCGGUUGAGGAGCUGCUGGCGAUGGAGCUGAAGAAUGUGAAGGAUAACGCGAAGACACUGGCGGGCAAGGGCGCGGAUAUUUCAGAGGUCGUCUUCACCGUCCCGCCAUUCUAUACCGUCGAGGAGAGGCGCGCGCUGGAGGUUGCGGCGCGAUUGGCGGGCUUGAAGGUCCUCAGCAUCGUUAGCGACGGGCUUGCCGUCGGGAUCAACUAUGCCACGAGCAGGACGUUCCCCGUUGUCAACGAGGGGGGCAAACCGGAGAUCAACCUGGUGUUUGAUAUGGGUGCCGGAUCGGCAUCCGCGACUGUUCUCAAGUUCCAGGGACGGACUGUCAAGGAUGUGGGCAAGCAUAACAAGACAGUCCAGGAGGUUCAGGUUCUUGGAGCGGGCUGGGACAGGACCCUCGGCGGCGACGCGCUGAACGCUCUCCUGGUCAAAGACAUGAUCUCCUCCUUCGUCGAAGUUCCAGGCGCAAAGAGCGCAUCCAUCUCCGCAGACAAGGUCAAGGCCCAUGGACGCGCCGCAGCAAAGCUCUGGAAGGAGGCAGAGAAGGUCCGACAGAUUCUCAGCGCCAAUACCCAGACUUCUACAUUCUUCGAAAGCUUCUAUGAAGACAUCGACUUCCGCUACAAAGUCUCCCGCUCCCAGUUUGAGGAGCUCGCCACUGACUUUGCUACCCGCGUGGAAGGGCCCAUCGACCAGGCUCUCGAAGCGGCUGGUCUGAAGAUCUCCGACAUCGACUCGGUGAUCGUUCAUGGCGGAGCUUCGCGCACACUCUUUGUUCAGAGCCGCCUCGAGUCCCUCGUUGGCAAAGCGAAGAUCAAGACCAACGUCAACUCAGAUGAGGCUGCCGUGUUCGGUGCUGCUUUCAAGGCCGCUGGUCUCAGCCCAUCUUUCCGCGUCAAGGAGAUUCGCGACAGCGACACCCAGGGCUAUAACCACGGCAUCCAGUACAUGUUCAACAUGAAGGACCGUGAUCAGAAGGUCUUCACUCCCAGCACCAAGAUUGGCGCCACUAAGGACCUACCCUUCCAGAUGAUGGGCGAGUUCGAGUUCACCAUCUACCAGGCGGUCCCCGGAGCUUCCGGUGAUGUUGUCAAGCAACCCGUUCUCCACUUCACCAGCGGUAACUUGACAAGGGCAGUCACCAAGAUGAUUGACGGCGACGGCUGUGACCGUGAGACCUUCAACAACUACGUUCAAGUCAGGCUUAGCCCUAUCAUCGGUGUGCCUGAGGUGACUUCUGCGUGGGUCACUUGCGAGGCUGACGCGGAAGAGGCCAAGGGCGGCAUUGUCGACGGAGUUAAGAACUUCUUUGGUAUGGGCGACAAGAAAGACCAGCAACCUCUGAAGGAGGAUGAGGGCGCUUCCGAAUCCGCCACCGCUUCUUCAGAGUCCUCAUCAUCUUCCACUUCUUCGUCUUCGGCAGAGACUCCUUCUCCCGAGGCUGCGAAGUCUGGUCCUAAGAAGAAGACUGUGAGGUCUGCGAUUACGUAUUCGGUCACGCAGCAGGGUUACGAGAAGCAUCCUCGCAAAGAAUUCAAGCGGAUGCAGGACAGGCUCACUGCUUUUGAUGCAUCGGAUAAAUCCCGCCGCGUCCGCGAAGAGGUCCUGAACUCGCUCGAAGCCUUCACUUACCGUGCGCGCGAUUACUUAGAGGACGAAUCGUUUAUCGCUGCCUCUACCGCCAACGUUCGCUCAACCCUCGAAAAGAAGCUGAGCGCAGCAUCUGACUGGAUCUAUUCCGAAGGCCAUGAUGCGGCUGAAAACGUUCUAAAGACCAAGCUUAAGGAGCUCGAGGACAUCGUCAACCCAAUUCUGAAGCGUAAAGAUGAGGCCGUCAAGCGACCUGAUGCCAUCAAGGAGCUCCAGAGCCAUAUUGACGACGUGAAGAACGUAGUCGGCAUCGUGAAAGCGCAACUCGACGACCAGAAAGCUGCCAGCUCGAAGGCAGCUGAAGCGGCCAGCAAGUCUUCAGCAUCCACCCCACCAGCGUCCCCUUCUUCGGCGGAUCCAUUGGCCGAUUUAGAAGAAGACGAUAUGCUUAAGGCAUCCGCGUCGGAAGCUGCCGCCGAGCCCGAGACCACUGAGAUCCCAACCAUCUACACGGAUGAAGAUCUCAAGUUCAUCGAGGACACGCACAAGAAUGCGAGCAAGUGGCUCGAGGAGAUCCAGAACAAGCAGAAGAAGCUCAAAGAAUCUGACGACCCAGCGUUCACCACCAAAGACGUCAAAGACCAGACGGAAAAGCUCAAUAACGCCAUCAUGAACAUGAUGAUGAAGAAAGCCCGCUUCCUCAACGUACCCAAGCAACAAAAAGCCAGGGCCAAAGCCUCCAAACCCAAGAAGAAGGCCGACAAAAAGACCAAGAAGUCGAAGAAAGACGAGAAGGCCGCCGCAGAGGACAGGAAAGAGCCGACGCAAGAAGAGCUCGACGAAGCGCUGAGGAAGGCUGGUGUGAAAGGUGAGGGCAUCAAGCUCCAGAGCUUUGGGCAUCAGCAGGAGAUCCAGGAUGAGAAUGGCAGGAUUCUGACAAAGCUAGAUCUUGGAGAGGAUGCCACGGAGGAGGAUAUCAUGGCGGCUAUUGAUAAGGCGACAAAGGAAGGGAGGGAGAAGCUGGAGCGGGAGAAGGAGAAGGAGGCGAGGGAGCGAGAUGAGCUGUGAACAUGGCUGCUGAUGGACGAGCCCUUGAUUAAAGCGCGAUGAUGGGACCAUGUGUUUUUGAGCCAAACCAUGCUGUGAGCAUUUGUAGGAGUUUAUGAGAAUCAGAUCUCUCGCAUUU